AUGGCUGCCAAAAGGACGCAUGACUUGAUCCCGCUUUGUCAUGCCAUCGCUUUGACGGAUGUGGAUGUAAGGUUGCAAAUCGUGGAGACUUCUUCGAGCGAUGCGUCGGAUGAUGUGCUGCAUGAACAGAAGCGCAUCGACCCGUUGCAAGGUGGACCAGAAGAGGAGAAAGCUUGGAUUGCGCGCGAGGUGGAUUCAGCGCAUGCGUAUGCGCGCUCACAGUCGACUGUGGCUGCUGAGCGGCGGGAUUCGGGCAGCAGCUGGCUACAGCACAACUUUUUGAAGAGUGGCAGCACGCAUGAUGCGGACGUGGCGCACAUCCUGAUCACCUGCACCGCGCGUACCAACUCCGCAACGGGCGUCGAGAUGGAAGCGCUGAUGGGCGUGAGUGUGGCGGCGAUGACCAUUUGGGACAUGCUGAAAUCCGUAGCUGGAAGAGGGAUGA